GGCCCUUCAGAUGGUGGGUCAGAAGUGGUCCUGCUCCUCAACUUCACAAAUAUCUCAGCAAUUUGCCACAGAGCUACGAUACGGCAAAGCUGAGACCGGACAGCGUGAGCAUGGAGCAAAGCCAGGGGACCUGAUCGAGAUUUUCCGUCAGCACUAUCAGCACUGGGCCGUCUAUGUUGGCGAUGAUGAAGUUGUCCACUUAACUAACACAGGACAUUGCAGUUCAGGCAUUUCUUGUAGGUCUUCAGGACAGGUGACACGAGACAACAUCUGGAUCGUGGUCAGCUCUGAUAAAUUCAAGAUCAACAAUCUCUUGGAUCACAAACACAUGCCUCGUGAGACUCGGGUCAUUGUGAAGGAGGCCUGUGACAUGGUGGGUCAGCCAGUGUCAUACUCGCUGACUACUCACAACUGUGAGCACUUUGCCACAGAGCUACGGUACGGAAAGGCAACGUCCAGACAGAAUUCUGGCCCACUCUUCUUUGCAGGAUUGUUAGAACUCAGCCAUAUCGGAGGGUUUUCCAGCGUGAACUACCGGCAGAUGUGUGAAGUAAACAGUGAGCUGAGGCGGAAGGAUACAAAAUGGCGAAAGCUGCCUCAUAUGGGUCAAACACUGCAUGGAGCAAAGCCAGGGGACAUGAUUGAGAUUUCCCGUGGGAUGUAUGAGGAAUGGGCUGUCUAUGUUGGUAAUGAUGAAGUUGUCCACUUAACUCUGAAAGGACAAAAGCCAAUAGUGAAAUGUAGCAACAUCUGGGAAUUGGCCGGCUCUGAUCCUUUAAAAGUCAACAAUCUCCUGGAUAAAGAAUGCAAUCCUCGCAAACCUGAUGACAUUGUAAACGAGGCCCGUCAGAUGGUGGGUAAGGAGUGGUCCUGCUCUGGUGAUUCUGGCAUACCUGAGCACUUUGUCAGAGAGCUACGAUAUGGCAAAGCUGAGUCCGGACAGCGUCAGCAUGGUGCAAAGCCAGGAGACCUGAUAGAGAUAGAACGUGGAAUGUUUCAGCACUGGGCUGUCUAUGUUGGUGGAGAUGCGGUUGUCCACCUUACCAAUCUAGGUUCUGGCAUUUCUGGUAGUUCUGGGACCUCUGGAAACAUGUUGGAGCAAGUUGCUGACCUGGGACAGGUGACACGAGACAACAUCUGGGAAGUGAUCAGCUCCUCUUGUUUCAAGGUCAACAAUCUUCUGGAUGAGGACUACGAGCCUCAUGACCCUAAGGUCAUUGUGAAGGAGGCCCUUGCUAUGGUUGGUCAGAAGCUGUCAUACUCCGUGGCUUCUUUCAACUGUGAGCACUUUGCAACAGUGCUGCGAUACGGCAAGCCAGAGUCCAGACAGGUGAAAACUGCUGCUGUGAUUGGAGGUGUAGUGGGCGUUGGUCUUGGCGUGGCUCUUAUUGGCAGCCUGCUCAAAGAUGACGACAAAAGAGAGAGGAGGCAUCACAAAUGACUGCAAAGAGACAUCCUGA